AUGCAGAUGACAAGUAGUCCAGUCUCGAGAAAACAUCACGCGCCUCAUAAGAGUUCGAUGGUUCACUGCUGGAAGAUGAGACUUUUUUUCUUCUGUGCCCUCCUAACAGGAGCAGUGACUAAUGGUGAGUGAAUUUUUCCUUGAUUUCCUGGGAAAUGGGCUUCAAAAAUUUUUCUCCUAACCUUUCACAGAGAGUACAAAUCUGAGAUAAGGCUCAAGGAUUAUUCUUCGACGGCACGCAUCAUUUGUCAGCUUCGUGGGAUGCUAUUAGUAAUUUAUCGUUUUAAUUCUUCCUCCGUAAUCUCAGUCAGAUCAUUAAAACCGCUUUCCGUCAAGGAAACCUUUGGAAACCUGUAUAAAGAAGGAGAAAGGAUCACUCAAAAACCCUCCGAGAAGGAGCACUUUUAAAACAAAAACUUGUCCUUAAUUGAUUUUCAACUACAAUUUGAGAUGGACAUGUUUCUUGCGUUUGGUGAAUCUUGAGGGGUCGAGGUUUCGGUGGAUGGUUCUUGAAUUGAGCAGUCGGUUAGGGGCAGUGAUCGAUGAUUGCUGUAAAACCACAGAAAUUUUAAAACAGUUUACCGAUGCGCUAAUUUGGAAAUUAGGUUGAUAAUGCGGCCCUACACCACGAAGAUUUAGUUGGGAAGCAUUACUUAAAAUAUUAAGCUGAUGAAAAGUGGUAUUUUGGACCCAAAACAAUGGUAGCUUGUUUUCUAUCACAGUUGUGCAUUAUGAAUAAAAAAAGAAAGGUUUUGUUUGAAUCGAAAGUGAAGCGUAUUUUCUCUUAGUCAAACCAACAUUUCGUACAUCCGCUUACGGCUUUCCUGAAAGAGCCGGUAACGAGAAAGCUAUGCAAAAAAUCUAUCUUGGUGUAUGAAAAAGAUACUUAAAGCUCAUGUGGUUAGUCGGUUCACCACAAACGUUAGGAAAUCGCUUUCAAGAAAAAUACGAUAUUGUUCGAUGACUUAGAAUAUGAACUAAAUUUUAUCUUUUGCCAUCAAAGGAAUUCGAAUUUUUUUGCGAUAUUUGACGCUCAAUUUGACAAAAGCAACGAGAUGGAGCCUGAAAAUUCCAAGUAGUAUUGGUAUUUUACGUUCUUUAAGCGAUAUAUGGUUCUUAACUUGAUAUUAACCACGAUCUUAACUGGACUGAAAUUUCGUUAAUUGAUAAGAUUAUAGUGCAAAACUUUUGUAACUAUUUCUAUUGCACAACAGUAACAAACUGAAGCUCAGAGAAGCUGGAAUGUUUGCUUAGAGAACAAUUGUUACCAAUUUGUAAAAUUAUUUCAAGGGCAGAUGAUAAUACGAGAGCUAGUUAAGUGGGCGUUCAAUUUAUAUAGAGCGCAUCGCGGUGAUUUCUUAAAGACAAAAACCGCAGCCGGAUCCUUUUGCGCUUUAACUUAAUUUGUUUUCUUUGUUUCCAAACUAAUUAGGCCGACAUUUUAGCUUUUCAAGGGGUGCUCUCAAAUACUUUUCAAACUUGUUUCAAAUUAUUUGUUUAAGUCCAAGACGAGCUUGUAUUUAGCUCAGUGGUGUGGCAGUCUGUCAAGGAUGUUUAAUAUUCGUUAAUUUGUUUUCUUCGCUCUGAAAAUAACCGAGUCAUUACUUUGACAUGUGUGAAUAGACCUGAAAGAAAAAAUAUUGUAUUGAAAAGUUAGAGAAUUGAAGGAAACUGGCAGAAAAUUAAACUAUAUGUGUAAAUUUCGCAUUUCAUUUUUAAAGUGCACUUACGAUAUUUUGAGUGACUUGCCUGUUGGUAUCCAUGGUUUUUUUGAAAUGAUUUUCGUCAUGCAAAACUUUGUUUGUCGAAACGAUUUCGUUUAAGUAAACUAAAUUUCGUCAGGAUCAGAUAAGCUUAGCUGGUAGAGGCACUUGUAAGAAAAAGAGUUCCCGCUUUUACGGUCGCUGCUAUUUGUGGAAAUGCGUCUUAAGACUUAAAGAAAGUUUCAUUUGUAUUCUCGAAACAGGAUCCUACAGCCGCCUUUUCAUCGCCUCUUUUUAACAAAAUAUUUGCUCAAAACAAUCUCACAGCGUCAAGCGAUACGAGUAGAAGAGUUCGAAUUAUGUCAUUUGUCAUGUUCGCUUUCAUAUAUGGAAUUAGUUGUUUACAAGUAAGCCCUUCACAAACGCAGCUUUUAUAAUUGCUCAGUAACUUUUGAAUACUUCUAGUAUCAUAUAGUAACCAGGAAAGGUUACUAGCUAAACAGGAAAAAUGUACGUCUUCCAGUUUUCAAAAUAUCUGCUCUUCGCGUAAGGGUUUGCCAAGUGGACGAAGAGACUUGAUGUCUGCCGUAAUUAAAGCCCGGCCUUCAAUCACCGAACGAGAUUUGCUCCUUAAGCAACUCUGCUCUCAGUUCGUUCGCUUUAAGUUUUUAGCUUCAACUUUAAGCGAUGAGUACAUCGAGACUAUGAAUGAAACACUUGAUUAAGUAGUCUUCAGUAUAUGUUACGUUUCAUGCUGCUUGUCACGCCCAAAGCAGCUAAAGUUAUCCUAUUUCUGAAACGGUGGGAUAUAUAAAUAUAUAUAUAUAUGUGUGUGUAUAUAUAGCUUUGAAGUAUGGUAAUAUCAUGUCAAUAGUGGCUUUUCAAAGGAUGUAUUCAACAUCACUGUGCUGAGUAAUAUGCAUUUUGAAUUCAGUAUCAAGAUUUAAAACAGAGGAAGGGUUCUCAAUUAGUUUUUCAACAAUGUGCACACCUUAAAGGAAGUCUCUUCAUUGCAUACCUUAACUGGGAUAAGUUUCUCGAACUCCUUAAAUGAAGAACUGUAACCAUAAGCAAAGUCAACUGCUAAACUGAUAGCCCAGAACGAGAAAAUGUCGCUGAUCUCUAGGUCCUCUGGAUUAUCAUGCUGUUUACAUGGUACAUGUAAAUGCAAAUGAGAAAGCCGUUAGCUUUAUCAAUGAAGCAAACUAAAAAACAGAAUGCAUCUCUCAAUCAGACGUUUGAGGUGCUGAAGUUUUUUGUGAACAAACUCAGGAAAAUUAGCUCUCUCUUCGCGUUUAUAUUCUCUAGCGGGAUGUACAAACGUUAUCACAUCAUAUCCCUGACAGAACAAGACUCCUUACUGAAGGCCAAUACCACCCCUUACGUCUCUAAUAGUGUCAUCAUUUCUCCAGUUCUACUAAUUCCAGUGUGUCAACAUUUGCAGAGAGAGAGAGGGAGAGAUAACUGAAAGAAGCAGUGAACGUAGUAAAGUAUUUAGUAAAUUAGCACUAUUGUACCAAAAUGAAUCCUUUAUUGGUCCAUUUUGUUUACGUUUUACAUCUCUAACUUCAAUAUGGUUUAGAGCAAGGACAUAUAUUAUUCUCCUUUCCACAGAGCGGUUUUCGCAGUCUCCUCGAUUUAGAUAAACUAUCUAGUACUAUCUACGCAGUGCCUCCCGCGGUGACGAAGUAGUAUUCCAGCAGCGGCUUUUUUUUCAUAAGACGCUCACAGAAAAAUGUUCCAUUCAAUUUUUCUUGUUUUGCUGAAUACUAUGACAAUAUUACUUAAAUGCUCAGCGCCUGAGGAACCUGAGCAAACAGUGAGACAAAAAUGGUGCGGAAAUCUGCUGCAUUCCACAAAGGUGUUUAUUACCGCCACAAUAAUCUAUUUAGAGGCGUUGUUUUUCAAAAGCACUGAGAAUCAUUUCCUUAACUCCAGGUAAAAUCACUAGUUUAAAAUCUUCACGCUGAGCUCUUUGAAAUAAACAGGAAAAUUAUUGAACAAAUUUCCGCCUUCAUCGACUGUUACCACUGUCCGCCAUAAUCCCUUCAACUUCUAAUUUCCGUCUUUAAAGUGUAAUUGCUGUCCUACUGAGAAUUAAAGCGGUGAAAUACAAUUGAGCUCAACUAGAAACAACACUCUUCGUUACAUGGAAGGAAACACAUGUCAACAAUUUGAAAACCUGUACCUUUUUAAUUUUACCUUGAGGUUAAACCUCUCUUGCUAAUGAAAGAGGAGUCGCUGAGUUGAAAAAGUUCAGUAAUUGGCCCCCCACUAAUCAUAAACUAAUUGUGUGGUUAGGGUUUUGAGUAAGGUUUAGUUAUCUACCUAGUUCUUCUUUGCUAACUCAGGUCGAAAAUUGCUUUGCAUCCGCUCUAACGAAGGGCUGACGCUCGAAGCGUCAGCUUUCAAAUUCUUAACGGUGGCCAAUUUUCGUUAUCAACUCAGUUGAUAAUACCAUAUUACCAGGUCGAAAACUGGGUCAUCAAUCUAGUAUGACACUGCGCCAUUUACUAACAAACAUUGUUAACUGUAAAACAAUCUUAGCGGCACGCCAUGAUUUUCAAGGGCCAAGCUUUUACUUUAAAAAAGUAGUUCGCGUUAUUUGCAGUUUUAGCUUGUUUGCAUUGGCUAAAGGGUUAUCAUAUUUUCAAGUCUUCCACAUAUUUCUCAAUGACAUUACGAUAUCGCCAAGUAAAAUAAAAAGUGAAAGUAUAGACAAGUCCAGAGAUGAAAAUGCAGAGAUAAGAUUAGUUUGUUCAGCCAAAAACUUUUCACAUUUUACCUUACAGCAUCUGAACUUGCAACUUUGUAAACACUGCAGACUAUAGGGAGGAUUCUAUUUUGACUAUUUUGAGUAAUUCACCAUUUAUUUUCCCCUAUAUAGUUCUUAUGUAGGAGUAGUUUUUAUUUUUUUUUUUUUUUGAUCGAACCUUUUAACACGAUGCACUUUCCUUGGGAAAUUUCGAAUUACUUAAAAGUCAGAAAUAAGUCCCAACUUCAAAGACAUCCCUUUCUUGAUUGAUUUACGUUAUUUGUCUUUUGUUUCACUUUAUUCCGUUUUCAUUUAGUUUCCGGAAAUAAACGCAAAUACUAAGAAUUUCUUUUCGAGCGAGUACUGUUGAUAAGCCACGCAGCAUGUUUAUCAUAUUCACAUGGAAAAGUUUAACGUGCUUGGCUUAAAGCUCAGAGUCAACGCAUGAAAGGCGGACCAAAACUCAACUGACGUUAUAGUUAGACAUACAGCCACGACACCAGAUGAUAGUAUACUGUGUCUUCCCACUUUUUUGCGUCCCUCUCUAUCCAUGUCCGCUCCAUUUUCAUCUCAUUGUUUGCAAAGGUUUCUGAACAUUAAAGUUGUAUCGUUAUAGUAUUCAGCACAAAAAGGAAAAUGGAAUGGAAUAUUUUUCAGUAAAUAAAGCCACUGCCGGAAUACAAACUAAGAAGACUUCUACUACUACCCACAUUUGAUCGGACAGAAGUUUUCAUUCUCACAAAACAUUUCCCAUGAUUGACAUAGACAUGAGCUCGUCGACAUUUGUUCAGUAGGUUGGGAAAGGAUAAUAACUGUAUUACCAAUUUUGAACACCUCAGUCCUGUCUGCAGUUGUAGCUUACAAAAUACCCCUUCAAAUCCAAUGAUAUUUGUAACGUUAUUUGGAAUGUUGUUAUUUGUAAUGUUUUUUGGUAUGCUGUUAUCUGUUAUGAUGUUACAUGUAUUUUUAAUGUCAUUUAACUCUUUUAAACUCCAAAGAUCAACGAAGAAAUUCUACAUACACAUAACUAUACGUUUCUUUUAUUGCUAGUUCUAAGUAUUUGGAUUUUUAUCCCAACGUAAUACCUUAAUUGAGAAAUUUUCGAAUCCUCUGCACCUGCAUGCUUAACAGUCCAUUAUAACAAGAACCGAUUCAUACACUUGUAUUUCGUGGAAGUUUUAGAGUUCAGCCAUUCUAUGAACUCCGAAUAUUUAUCAGAACAUAUUCUGCAAAGACUUAUCGAUGACAAUUUUUUUCUUAAGGUUUACAAGACUCCUUCAAAAUCAUCACAGACGAGGAUGAACCAGUGACAUUCGACUUUUUAAAAUACAUUAAAGCAUCUGAGAAACUUGCUCCGAAGGUUGUCGUCAUCCAGCAGCCAAAGUACGGAGCGUUUGCCAGCUCACCAGACGGCAAUCUCAACGUACAAAAUGAACUUUGUGACGCUCAAGCAACAUACAUACCGUAUGAAGACUUUUCAGGCGAAGAUGUCUUCGUUUAUUCGUAUCUUUACGAAAACCUUACGACGACUACUGACGGGAGUCUUCAGGCUCGAAUCAUUGUCCGACCAAAGCCGGAUGCAAUUGUGGCUCGGUCUGAUGAAGUAACUAUGACUUCCGAUGAAGGUCACGUGCACAUCCCAGUUUUAAAGAACGAUUACAGCAAGGAUGGCUCCGGUGUGUGUAUAACAACAGAGGAAGAGAACCAUUUCUCGGACAACAAACAGGUAUUUAUCCAAACGUAACCAUUUACAGUAGUAUUUCUAAAUAACCUUUUUCUUAGACGAUUCCUCUCGCGCACAACUAGCGUAUAAACGAUUAUAAAAAGUUGAAUUAUCUAAUUACUUCAAUUCAUUCCGGCAAUCCUGAGCUCAGGUUAUGUGGUGUGAUCGUAAUUGGUGCGCAUUUAACGCCUUUUUGCGUUUGUGCAUUCUUAUAAUGUUCUUACUCCGCAUAAUGCCGAGCUCAACGUCAAAAUCUGUCUUAAAUGAACACCAAUUGCAACUGAACUGUUCUUAUUACAUAAAAAAUAAGAGCUCUGUUAAGUAAGUGAUCUUUCUUGGCAUACAUGCUCUAAUAAGUAAGUAUGUAGGUUAACGGUGACAUCACAUUCGCAUAUUUCGUGUCUUUAAUUGAGAUCUUUAGAAUUGGUUCGUUCCCUGAUAUUGUCUUUAUUGAAUAGCUUAUUUUUAAACUGUAAACCUCAAAAAAUCUGACAGUAUAUGCUAUAGAUUAACUUCGACAUACAAAAUUAGACUUUUCAUUAAAUGUAACAACCGUUUCUCAACUGGAUAGGAAAAAAACACUGUGAUGUGCAGGCUGACAACUGAAAGAGUUUCAAGUCUCUCCUUCACAUAAAUUAAAUUCAAACUAAAGUAUACAGUCAGGAAAACCACUUACGGCUAUCCAUGGGAACGAUUUGUUACAUUAUUGUUUCAUGGCCAGAAUUGCCAUCCAGAAGUUGUAUUUUCAAAUAAAAUUUAAAUUGUUGUUUAUCCAGCAGAUAAAGUUUGAAGACAUAGCAGUCAGUCUAGGUAUGACAGCAAUACAACAACAGCCGCCCAAGGCUCCAGACUGUCUGUUUGACCAGUACGAUCCAAACAUGAAAAUUUGGAUACCGGGCUCCUUUUGCAUCGUGGAAAUCAGUUCCGGAGCGGCAGCAACCGCUGACUACGAUGGUGAUGGGCUCAUGGAUAUUUACUAUGCUCGUAUGGAUGGUCCAGAUCAAUUGUGGCGUAACCUUGGCAACGGAACUUUCAAAGACUUCACCGCCGCUGCCAACCUGAGCUCCACGGCUUUCCAUCGUUCGUCGGCAGUUGCUUGGCUGGAUGUUGACAACGACGGUGAUAUGGAUCUCUAUGUAGGCACCAUGGCAGAAAGCAAAUUUUUUUUGUACAUAAAUGAUGGCAUGGGCCAUUUUAAAGAUGAGGCAGAGGAGAGGGGCGUUGAUUUAAGGCCUGCAAUAUCACCCUACAAAACAAGUACCAUGACAAUUGCAGUUGGAGACUACGACAGAGAUGGUUGGCUGGAUGUUUACACAACAGAGUGGCUUCCUCAUCUUGAUCUUGGUUUCGACUACAAAAACUACACUCAUUCCAACUGUCGCUUGCUUAGAAACCUUGGCGCGCAAGGCAAACCGGGAUAUUUUGAAGAUGUAACCGAAGGUGCGGGACUGGGUAUCACCAAGGAACCAUCCGUAGCUGCAGACAGAUUUGGUGGAGUGGAUGUGAGAUAUUAUGGAGUAAUGAACACAGGGCUUCUCAGAGACAUCAUCCCAGGACCAUUCCAGCUGGCAGCCAUGUUCACUGAUUUGGACGGUGACGGUAAGGAAAAACUGAGAACAUCAAAUAUAUUGUGGUUUUGACAAGUAACGAUUCGCAGGGUCAAACAAAAAUCUUUCAUUUUAGGUUACCAACGAGUCUCUAAUUAUUAUAACACAACAAUAGCUUAGAUGUGGCUUAAACAUUUAUACUAUAUAGGGGGUCUUUUAGAUGGCCUAUUUUUUUUUUCGAUGCGGAUUUCCGACUGCUUUAAAGAGCUUGUAUGGACUACGAUAAGCAAACAAGUCUUUAAACGCUUUUCGUAUGAGUGUCAUAAAAUCGUUCCAAAGUAAUCACAGCACCCAAUCGUAAAGGAGCCCAAGAUAACUUAAAUUAACAGAUGGAUAGAUAUCAGUAGCCUCAACCAUGAGGGAUAUAAAGGAAUGACUCACAUGUCAAGCAACUUUGUAUCUUACUGGUCGAGAGGUAGCGCAAGGUUUUACUCAGAUGAAUCAAAGCGCGUAAGAAACUGAAACUCAACGCUGGAUUAUACUUGAUACAAAAUUGCAAUUGCUCCAUCUUCAAAGUUGACCUAGUCCAUAGUCAAAGUGCGAUACAGAACUUACCCAACUGCAAAUUACACAUCACCAUUUUCAGUUAAGCAAUUUUCCUCCAAUGCAACCUGAGGUUAUAUAUCGAGCGCCUUCUGAAAAUUAUUGGUCGUAGAAUGAAAAAAAGGUGUAUGAAAACGACUUUAGGCUUUAUAUACACUCACACAAAACCGCGGAAAUACAUCAAAUAAUUUUGUGAGUGAUCGCAAUGUUUAAAUAUUUCGUAGGUUAUCAAGACCUGAUAAUAAACGGGGAUUUCAAAACAAGCGUUUUAUAUUGGAAUAAUGGGGACGGAACUUUCACGGACGCGACCGAGUCGAGUGGCGUUGGAACGGACGAGAAUGGAAUGGGUUCCACAGUAGCCGACUAUGAUCUUGAUGGCCGGCAGGAUUGGUUUUUAAGCAGUAUUCACAUGUCUGCGGAACAAAUGGAGCCAUUUAGAGAAGUCUAUCUCGGUGGAGGAAUCAUCUUUGGGCAUACUGGAAACAGGCUUUACAGGUUUGUAACCCGUGAUGUAUGCGAAAAAUGUCUGACACCUCUGAGAGGAGUCACUCAAACUAACACUCUAUUCCACUUAAUUGAGUUACCAGUCAGUGAGCACGUCUCUAAUUUACAUUAUUUGAAACGAAUUCAGUGUGCUAUUCAUGUCUCUUUUAACUAGCUCUUGAUGGAUGCCAAGAGUUUCCUUUUGCUCUCUAAGAGACUUAAUUGAUUGUUCACAAGUAAAUGCGAAAAAAAAUGUACGAAUUGCGAUUAGCGUCAGUAUUACCUCUGAGAAAGUGGCACCGGUGUUCUCGACUGAUCACAUGGUGUACUGAAGCAAAUCCAAUGAAAGCCCUGAUUGGUUUAGAGUCUCGUACGAAAGUUGUGAUAAAACUACUAUUUUGCUUAACUUCGUACAAAUGGUAAUAAGUUGCUCACGCUACGUCAGAAAUGAUAACAUUCUCUCUUUCCUACCUUUUAUAUUGAUUCGGUACUUUCUGUUCAUAGGAACGAAGGAGGUCGUAAAUUCUCGGACCAGACUGACUCGGUCGGAGUUCGCUAUGGGAACUGGGGAUGGGGCGCAUCCUUCUUUGACUUCGACAACGAUGGCGACCUGGAUCUCAUCCACACGAAUGGCUUCGAUGAUCCAGAGGUGACGGACACAGAUUUUCUUCAUCACACCCGAACCCGACUGUAUCAAAAUAUGUAUUUUGAGGACAAUAACGGCCAAAUUAGAUUUGAGGAAGUUGGCCAAAAACUGGGCAUCACUGAUGUUUUCGACGGGAGAGGCGUUUUCAUCUUCGACUACGAAGAAGAUGGGGACUUAGACGUUUUCAUCGCCAACAGCGCAAACCGUCCUGUCCUUUAUCGAAACAUUGGCGGCAACAAAGUUGAUUUCAUCCGCGUCAAAGUUAUGGAGGCCAGCGUCGAGAGGGAAAGUCAUGGCGCAUGCGUCUACUUGUACUCGCCUCGGCUAGAGAAAGAAGUUUUCCGUGAAGUGCGAAGCUCAUCCGGGUUUUCAGCCCAAGGAGAGUACGUUGUCCACUAUGGGCUGGGUGCGGAAACCGCCGACACUUUUCGAAUCCGCGUUUAUUGGCCAGCCACUAACAAUACACGGAUUAUUCACGACGUGCCCAGGAGAUCUUCCCUUGUUGUGCGAGAUAUCUGGGGUCAUCGCAAUGCAGUUGAGGAGACAACAUCCCCCAGUGAGUCGGUUCCAGGCUGCACCAAGUUAUUAGUGAAGGAAGUGACCCGGAAACCAGAGCAUGGUCAGGUGAUGGUAGGACCCAAGCACGUGACAUACUAUCCAGACGCAGAAUUCUUUGGCGAAGAUAACUUUAACUAUGCUGUUAGUGACGGAGUUGGCACAGCUAUUGCUACAGUGAAAGUCAAGGUAGAGAGAUGGCUAAAUUGUGCUUUGAGGAGCUAUUUUCUCGGUAUUUUCCGGCCAAGUAAUACUAUUUUUUACAUAAAUAAUACUAAAAGACUGACAAAAUUGGUUUAAAGUUCGGUUAGAAAAACAGGACAAUGAUAAAACAGGAUGAAAAAAAUAUAUGCCACGAAGAAUUUUCAAAUACUUGUGAAAAAAUACCUCGUGGCUGGUAUGACGCAGUCUUUCGUCUUGGCAAAGAGACUCAUCAGAUACUUUGCGGAAAUAUACCUUAAGAUUGCAACGAUUAAAAUGGCUCACUUAUAAAGAACUUAGAAAAAUUAGACCCAAAAACCUUGAUGUCACUCUUUCAAACAGAAGAGAUAGGAGGAAAAACAUGAACGAGUAAAAAAAAUCGAAAAUAUUGUCAUAUCUUGUACAUACCUGAGCUGGCUCCGAAUCGAUCUCUAAAUUAUGAUUAAUAAAUUUUAGCCGGGAGGAGGAAAGACAAUAAUCAGAGAAACCUCUUCUCCGAAGAUACCUUAUAAGGAGGGUUUAAAAGGAAUGGAAAAUAGCUAAAAAUCUUUUGCAAAGUAGUUUUAGGCUGGUCUCGUAUUUUUGUGCUGCAUAAUGAGCCACAACGAUGUUGUAUAAAUUCAAAGACGACAUGAUGUUGUAUGUUUUCUCAGGUCACUAAAGUGGAGACCCCCGCUCCUUCUCCAGAGCAAUUGUCAGAAAAGUUUGCCCGCUUGGACGCAGUCAACAACAACCCGAUCGACCCUGACUGCGGAAAGCCACUCAUGCCGCUACAGCGCCUGUUUCCCCCAGCAUACGCUGACAGCUUCGAUGCACCCGCGGGCUCCAACAGAUCAAGCCCACGACUUAUAUCCAAUGUUGUUUGUGAUCAGCGCAUUGACAUAUUCAGCAAAACCGGUCUGAAUGACUUCCAUAUGCACUUUGGUCAGAUGUUAGCUCAUGACACUGAUUUUGCAACACCGUACGCCAAUUUCCUGACCACUGAUAACCUCGGCAUUCAAAUCCCAGAGGGUGACCCUUGGUUCGACCCGCAUGGCACAGGCAAAGAAAUAAUGCGAUUUAGAAGAUCUGGCAUCCUUCAGACCAGCGGGAAAAUGCAUGGUAGACCACGUGAACAGGUAAAUGUUUGAUUUCGGGAUUUAUCCUCCCUUCUUCCCCUUUCCCCCGCUAUGUUUGAUUAUACGCAGUUCGUGCCUAGAAUCGUUCUUGAAAUCACAACAUUUGACUAGUAGUUCCUCUUUUGAGCUUGGUUUCCAUAUGAUGGACUACGUCAUCAGAACUGUUCCAAAAUCAAGGCUACUCUGUUACUCCAACCAUCUGGUUAAGAUUUUAUGCCUGAAAAUUUUACGGCUAAAUUUGGCUUUGUUCAAGGAGGAUAAGGAUCUCAAACUCUGCGGCAAACUUCGCCGAGAACACAAAACGUGCAAUAUCUAGUUUGUGUUUAGGCCUGAUCUCCGCAAAACAGGAUCAUUCUCCGAUCUUGUUGAACAUUUUGGCUAUUCGGAUGACCAUAAGGAAACCAGGCGUUUAAGACAUGUUCUUUUUCUAAUGAUCAGAUGUUAAUCAGUGUAAUUUUUAUCAUCAGAUCAACAAGGUUACAGCAUUCAUUGACCUGUCUUUAGUUUAUGGAUGCGAUGAAGGGCGAGCAGAAGUUUUACGAACAAUGGAAAACGGUAAAUUGAAGCACCAAUCCAGUGAUAUCCUCGACUUUAACACUAAAGAAGUCACUAACUUGAACCUUCUGAAUGGACCACGUGACAAAAUGCUCGUCUCUGGGGACAACCGAGUGAAUGUGCAGCCUGGCCUCAUCGCCCUUCACACGCUUUGGUCACGCGAACACAAUCUUAUCUGCGAUGAGCUGAUGAAACAUCCAGGGAACGAAAAUAUGGAUGACGAGACUCUGUUCCAGCACGCAAGAGCCUUAGCUCGAGCCAAGUGGCAGAAGAUAGUUUGGAGCGAGUUUUUGCCAACUGUCAUCGGCCUGGCGGAGUAUGACAAACUGGGCCCCUACAAGGGAUACAACGCCUCUAUAAAGGUUGGCAUCUUCAACGAGUUCGCCACGGCGGCCUUCAGAUUUGGCCACAGUCAGGUUGGAAACAUCAUGCCGCGACUGAACGAAAACUGGACCAUGUUAGGACAUGGUCACCUAACUCUACGUGACGCGUACUUCAAUCCAGGGCGCGUGCUACGUGAAGGUGGAAUUGAACCGCUGAUAAGAGGCAUGCUGACACAGAAGACUCAGGAAGUUGACUUGAAGUUUUCAGACUCUGUGCGAAACUUCUUGUUUGGAACCAACACAAUGGGUCUCGACCUCGUGGCUAUCAACAUACAGAGAGGAAGGGACCACGGUAUUCCAGAUUACAACACAGUGCGGGAAGGACUUGGUUUGUCAAGACGUAAAAACUUUGCUGAGAUAACGCCCGAUAAGGAUCUUCAAGAAAGACUUUCACAAGUUUACCCAGAUAUAGAUGAUGUUGACCUGUGGAUCGGUGGAUUAGCAGAGCCACAUGUCGAUGGUGGAUGUGUCGGGGAAACUUUCGCUCGAAUUAUUGCUCUCCAGUAUCGAGUAUUACGUGACGGAGACCGCUUUUGGUACGAAAAUACGGACACAGCUCUCUAUCAACUCAAGGACAGAACCACCUUACCGACCCAAGGAACUAGCAUGGUGGAAGUUUUGUACAGGAACACGGGCAUCAAGUGGAAGAAAUCUCCCUUUAUCGCCAAAGACAUGUAAUCUUACAGAAAACAGUUGAAACCACCACAAUUUCUGCUGAUGGGAGAGACAUACGUCAAUCGGACUGAGCGCCGACGCACAGAUUUGCCAUAAUGAUCACUGAGGUGAGGCACUUGGCAGUCAUGUGUAACGUGAACACAUGUUUGGAUACUUAGACAACAUUUAUACGUGAAUUUGAGACAAUUUUGGACACUCGUUAAUGUUAUGAACGAACAUUACGAAAUCAUAGUGCAAUAUCGAUAUUACGAUCCCACUUGCUCCAGACAAAAUUUUGUUCAUGGUAAGUUAAGCUCGGUUUAAUUUGAUUCUGGUGAAAUGACGUUGAUAUCUCCAAAACGAAGGUAAAUGUUUUUUUUAAAGACAGAAAACUACUUCCCAAACAAUCAACUUAAAAUCAUUUUAAUGAUUUUAAAAAAUUUUAAAGAUUGACUCUUAUUUUUGGUUUUAUGCAGCCCACAAAAUCGAGAAUAAUAUCUCUUUUUUUUUUUUACACUUUUGUCCGCCAUGAAGAAAGUAUAUACUGCCUACUUCUCAGGGUCUUUAUGCUGAAGUAAAUUGGAAAUUUUGCUCUGAGAGACAUAAAAAUCCUAUAAAUUUUUUAUCGCCCAUAUUCUAUGUAAACACAAUAAAGGGAAAUCGCCAAAAUUAAUUAGGAAUUUCGUGGUAUCGACAUUGCGCUAUAUUGUUAACUGAAACAUAAUUGUAGAUAGUGUAGUACAGGACUUAAAAAUGCUUGAACGUGUCCACUGAUAACCCUUAGUUUAGUAGGUCACUUAAAAGUUAAACUUGCCAUUAUGAAAUAGUAACGAGAUUUUAUGCUUCAUUCCUGAGAAUGCUAAUUUUAAUAAGCCAGUACCUAAACAGGCUUAAAAAGUUUAAGUGAGCAGUCGGUUUCCUCUUUUUUUUUCAUGGAUCAGGAGUGUUUUUAAGUAAGCCAAAGAGUUUUCAAUUUACAACGUAACAUUGCUUCAAUGUGAGAAAUAAGAAAGGAAACUUGCACACAUCUUAUAGAACAUGAACAUUUUGAAAAGUAACGCCUGAUAACAUAUUUUUAUGAGGAAAAAAUUGGAUUGGAGCAAUGUUAGGGAUUUUGGAAUUGUUUUAGUACACAGAACUAUGCAAAGGGUAGAAAGCUCGAGAAGAUCGUACCAGCCAAUCGCAGUGAUCCCCCUGGUUCCGUUUCUGAUUGGUCGCCCAAACCAUGUCCUGCAAUUGGUAGAAAAUCAUCGCAAGUGCCCACUAUUAGUAUUUCGGAUAAGAAACCGUUAGCGAUAUACUUUAAACUUUGAAGCGAACAACAUGAAUUAUUCUAGAAGGCUUGAAAAUUAUCUGAAUCAUCGCAAUUGUGAACUUAAGAGUCCGAUUCUCUCUCCUAAGUGAGGGGAAAAGGAGUUCUUGGUCUCAAUAACUGAAGGAUAUUUACCCAAAUAUUUUAAGUAACUCGAACUGUAAAUAGAAACGUAUUUAUUAACCACGUUAUUUAGUGUUAAGUAUUCUUAUAUAUUUACUAACUGUCACCCAGCAGCUGACUUGCACCCAGUCUCCGAUGUCAUAGGGCAAGUCUGGAAACGAGUCAGCCCUACAAUUGGAAGUCGAAAUUUGGCAGCCAGCUAUUAGCAGAAUCAGUGAAUUUAGUAAACAUGUAUCUAUUAUAGUUUUUUAACUGUUUCAAGAAAUAGUAGGAAACAGAGGUAAUAAAACCAUUUUUUCAGAUAUUCAGAG